AUGCCAUCAUAUCAUGUAAUAGCUGCCAAAGACAUUCCAGUAACAGUGACAGAGUAUGGAAAUCUUCAAAAAGCAGAUGGCCCAAAUGAAAACUGUCCAGAUCCAAGUCCUCCAAAUUGGAGUGAUUGUUCUGCGGAGAAUGAGACCAUAUGUGAAGUUGUACUGAAAUCUGAAAGUUUUGAAAUCUGUCACGACAUCAUUGAUGUUGAGCCAUACAUUGAAGCUUGUAGGCAAGAUUUAUGUCGAUAUUUUAAAAUCUGUAUUGCAAUGUUUAAAGGUUUAAUAUAUGAUGAUGUUGGCAGCAAAGAGUGCGUACCUGCUCAUGAAUGUCCCUGUAGAUACAAUGGCAACAUCUACCAACCAGGAGAAUUCUAUUCUACUUCUUGUAGGACUUGUUUAUGCUAUACCGGAAGAUGGAAUUGUACAGUCAUUCCUUGCUCUGAAACCUGUUCCAUAGAAGGAGGCACACACGUAACCACAUUUGAUCAGUUACGAUAUACUAUGCAUGGAGAAUGUAAUUAUGUAAUUUCGAAGGAUUGCAUGAAUUUCCACUUUACUAUUUUGGGUGAAUUGAAUCAUUGUGGAAUAAAGGAUACAGACACUUGUCUUAAAGGAGUUACCAUUUUCUUAAACAAUGCCUUGACGGUAAGUGUUGUAAAAUGUCACGGAGAAAUCUAUAUGAAUGGAAUAAAAACCAGACUGCCUUUGUAUUCAGAAAAAGUCAUCAUCUUUCAGCCCUCACCUUUCUAUAUUAUUGUGCAUUCAACCAGCUUUGGACUUCAGGUAGUGGUUCAAACUUUACCCGUAAUGCAGCUGUAUGUGGUCCUGAAUCCUGAAUUUAAAACUCAAACGUGUGGACUUUGUGGAAAUUUUAACAAUGUACAAAAUGAUGACUUCAGGACUAUGAGUGGUAUUAUCCAGGGCACAGCUGCUGCUUUCGUCAAUACAUGGAGAGUGAAUGCUGACUGUCCAAAAAUCAAUGACAUAUAUGAUGAUCCUUGUACUCUCAGUGUGGAAAGUGCUGAAUAUGCAAAGCAUUGGUGUGGGCAACUUAUUGAUAGCACUGGGCUGUUUAGCCCAUGCCAUAAUCUCGUGGAUCCAGAUAUUUACUACAAGAAAUGCCUGAUGGACACCUGUAUAUGUGAAAAUAGUGAAAACUGUAUGUGUGCUGCCCUCUUUUCAUAUUACAAAAUAUGUGCAGCAAAAGGGAUUGUGCUAGACAAAUGGCAAACUAUAGCCUGCACAUGUGACUAUCCAAAGACUUAUGCUAACUGCAGUAACUUGAAUAGAGACACGGGAAUAGAGUGUGCCAAAAGUUGUCAGACUCUGGACAUGCAUUGCUAUUCUACUAGGUGUAUACAAGGCUGUGUCUGUCCACCCGGGCUUGUAUCUGAUGACAAAGGAGGAUGCAUUACUGAAGACAAGUGUCCAUGCAUACAUAAUGGAAUCAUGUAUGGCCCAGGAGCAAAGAUUCAAGUCAAAUGUAACACUUGCACUUGUGAGAAAAGAACUUGGAACUGUACACACCAGAUUUGUCUAGCAACUUGUACUGUCUUUGGGAACGGACAUUAUAUAACCUUUGAUGGGAAACGCUACAAUUUUAAUGGGGAAUGCCAGUAUACCCUUGCACAGGACCAUUGCUCAGUAAAUGACAACAGCAGUACAUUUAGUAUUAUAACAGAAAAUAUUCCAUGUGGAACCACAGGAAUUACCUGCUCUAAGUCCAUCAAAAUUUUCCUUGGGGGUUAUGAGUUAAUCCUCAUUGAUGAUCAUCUUAAAGUAGCCCAAAAGGGUUUUGGCACUGAUGUUCCAUACAGAGUACGACUGAUGGGUAUCUACUUGGUUAUUGAGUCUCAAAAUGGACUACUAAUGUUAUGGGAUAAGAAGACGACUAUCUUCAUAAAAGUGACUAGUAAAUUUAAGGGGAUGCUAUGUGGACUGUGUGGAAACUAUGAUGGAAAUGCAAACAAUGAUUUUACAACUCGCAGCAAUGCAAUUGUUGGAAACGUUGCAGAAUUUGCAAACAGUUGGAAGUUGACCCCAACCUGUCCAGAUGCUAGAUUACACAGGGAUCCUUGUUCAUUAAACCCAUAUAGAGUACCGUGGGCCCAGAAACAGUGUAGUAUCAUAAACAGUGAAGUCUUCUCUGCUUGUCAUCAACAGGUCGACCCUUUCAAAUACUAUGAUGCAUGUGUCACUGAUUCUUGUGCUUGUAACACUGGUGGAGACUGUGAAUGUCUCUGUACAGCAGUUGCUGCCUAUGCACAGGCUUGUGGAGAAUAUGGAAUAUGCAUCUCCUGGAGAGGUCCAAGCAUCUGUCCUCUUUUCUGUGACUACUAUAAUGAAGAGAAUGGUUGUGAGUGGCACUAUAAACCUUGUGGUGGUGCCUGCAUGAAGACCUGCAGGAACCCAAGCGGAAUAUGCAAUUAUGACAUAAGAGGCCUGGAAGGAUGUUAUCCCACGUGUCCUACUGAAAAUCCUUAUUUUGAUGAAGAUGAAAUGAAGUGUGUUUCAACAUGUGGUUGCUACGAUGAGGACAGGAAACAUUACAAGCUGGGGGCAAUGGUGCCAAGAUGGAAAAACUGCUAUGUUUGUAUCGACUACCACCAAGUUUACCCUUUCUAUCAUACCUUCUACAGCAGAAACCAUACUUACAAGUACCCCUACAGCAACAAGCACAAUGACAGCUACAACACAGGCUACUUCACCAACCACAAUCUGUCAAGAUGUUUGUGA